UUCUUCCUAGCUCUUUAUCGAAAUAAACUGACUUCUGCUAUCGGACUAAUCCACCUGCCCCUGAGAUGACGUACGGGGAAUUCUCCUCAAGUUUGGAAGUCGCUCGGUGUCUUGUUCUAAUAAAUCCAUGGGGUUUAAUUCAGGGAUCUUGUUUUGCCUUCAGGUGUGUGUAGUUAUGACAGCAAGUGCUACUAACCCACAGUUCUACGCCUUAGAUAACCCUUGUUUGGAGAAGUUCCGGUUAUGUUCCACUUCCUGUUCCGUUUCUUACAUGACCGGAAGUCUGAACUGCCAGUUUUGUGUAUGUGACGAUCCCAGGUUCUCUAUCGCUUGGCCGGAAUCUACGACCCCCGCCCCAACUACGACUACCACCCCCAGGCCGACUCUCCCCGAGGGUCAAUGGAUGGCUAAUAACAUCAUUUACACCAAACUUAAAAAUCCGUGUUCCGAGUUUUAUGCGGCCUGUCCGCUACUGUGCAAGAGAGGAAAUUUUACCUAUACCAAUGGAACAACAUGUGAAACCUGCACAUGCGAAAGAGAUUUUUUCAACAUUAUAGGCAAGCGAGAGUAUCCAGGAAAGAUUUCUUUACAUAGGAGAGAGGCAGUUAGAUACAACCAUUAUAGUAAAAACGGACAUGGUCCAAGGCCCUGUUUUCAUUUUGGAUGUCCUAUUUUCCGGUGUCCAGAGGGCUUACGAUUCGCCAUAUCACCCACUGGAUGUGAAGAAUGCAGAUGUAUUCCGAUAGACCCUCCAACAACGUCGUCGCCUCAGAUUUCAACAACAGCACCUGGAAACGAGAAUUUUAUACAGAUGUACUGCCGGAAGGAGCCCUCUGAUUGCCCGCCCGGAUGUUCUGUAGUGGACUUCCGGGUCACAGAUUGGCACUGUUAUCACUGUCACUGCCCGGAAAACAAUUACGUUGCACUACAAAAACCAUGUGAUCAGCAGAAUUUCCUCUGUUCUUCCACAUGUGCAGUCCGCAAUCUUGUCAACUCUAAAAAUCAAACGGACUCCUGCGAAUUCUGUGAUUGUACACCAACUGCCCGAUAUGGCAGGGGGCAUAAGAUAUCCAAACGAGAUACUCAAUGUCCUAUGCACUGUCCCCAUUUCUGCCAUUUCGGUCGGCAAAAGUCCUCUGAUACUAUUUUUCAAGCUCUUGGACGCCGCAAAAGACAAACUAUGGGUUGUUUUGGAGAUUGCAGCCAUUGUCCAUAUAAUAAUCAACUACUGGAAGGAAAUUUACAAACAACUAUCCCAACAUCUCCUUCCAAAGUGCAUCAUCCAGAACUACAUUUCCCGAGGAACUGUUUCCAGGAAAAAUCUGAAUUUGUCAAUAAGAAUUGUGUGAGGACUUUUGAGCUAACUAUAUCUGGAAAAAUGUGCCAUAUCUGUGAACUGUACAACACAGAAGGACAAUUAGUAUAUUUAGAGCACUCCAGGCAUGUGACGGCUGAUCAUUGUUUUACAAGCAAAUACAGAGAAUUUCUAACAAACAUUUGUGCGCAUGUCUCGGAAGUGCAUACGAGCAGUGACGUUUGUCUCCUUUGUACUUAUAAAACUCAGCAAAACGAAAUUAUCAUCCUACAAAGGAAUCAACUACAAACAAUUCUACAACAGAACCAUAUAUCAAUUCAGCAAACUGAAUCACCUAAUACUCACAGAACAAUAACAUCAACACCAACCUUGUCAACAAAACAUUUUACAACAAAAGAACAAACAACACAUAAAAGGACAACUGAAUCAAUACCAACGACAGUUGUUACGUCACGAGAUACCAUACCAACAACAAAGGUCACAACAACAGUAGCGCCACCUAGCACAACAACGAAAGCAGCGCCACCUACCACAACAACGACAGUAGCGCCAUCUACCAAAACAACGACAUCCACACCUAGCACAACAACAACAUCCACACCUAAGACAACAACAGUAGCGCCACCUAUGUGUCACACUUGUAGUAACGUCACGUGUUCGUCGGCAGAUCUACAGGAGUGUAAUACUGGAUCAGAGUACUGCAUGAAUACGUUGAUACAACAGAGGGAUGGUAGCAGAAUAAUCACCCGAGGAUGUGUUUCGGAGGAUGAGUGCUAUAACAAAUGGUGGAUCGUUUCCGCUGAUAAUCCGUCCUGUCUAUCAAAGAAGAACACGCCCACCGGAAGGCCAGGUGCACCAAUCGAAUGCAACUACUGUUGUAAGGGGGCGGGCUGUAAUCAGUUGAUGAGAAUUCCUGACAGCUUGUUAUACACUGGCGAAGACCAUCCAUCUAAUGCUAUGGGCGGGAUAAUACAAAUUGGAUAAUCAAAAAUAUUAUUGAAUCAGAAAAUAUGACUUCAUCAAAUGAAAAUCUCACUUUCAUGUAUGUAUUGAACACGAUUAAUUAUUACAUAAGGCCAUCUUUAAAACAAAUGUUUGGUUGCCCUCUUCCGACCUACUGACUAAAAAAUGGCCUGACUCAAUUUUUUUUUUUUUACAUUCCAGGACACAUUAUUUCUUUUAUUCCCCUUAUCCUGUC